AACAAAGGUCAGUAAGAAACUAAAAACAAAACGUUGACGGAGACAGCAGAACUUCCAGUUUAUUGUUUGUACUUUAGGUGUUUGGCAGCUUUUUUGAAAUAUUUCAUGUUUAUAUGAGUGAUCAUGGAAAGGUGACUUCAAGUAUACAAAUUUAAUUGAGUAGAUCUGGCUUCCUACUUUGAAAGUAGAUAUUUAAGUCCGUUGGAGGAAAUAUUUAUAGAAAAUAUUUACACAGAUUUAAAGAAAUAUAUACAAAGUGGUACAAAAAAAAGUGUGUUGAUCUUUCCACCAUUUAACAGUUUCCACAGAUUUCUAGCCCAUAAAUGCACAGAGGAAUAUAAAGAAUUGAAAAGUUUUUCCAUUGGACAAGGAAUACGCAGGAGACUUGUUAUUUGUGACCAGAAAGAUUUUAUCGGUAAAUCAUCAAACUUAGGUAUCUGUAUGUCUAACCCCAAACCCUCAGUGGGUAGGGGUAGGGCCAGGGGAAGAGUAAAGGAUGGAGAUAGUCCAGGAAUAUCACCAGUAGGUGUAAGACAGUCAGGGAUACCAGAUUCUGAACAUCAUAACAGCAAACCAGAACCUCAAAGGUCCAAAGGUAGGGGGAAAAAGCCAGAAGUUCAACUUUAUGUUCCAAGGGGACGGAGAUCUCAAGAAAGUAGUUGUGGCAAUUCUCAAUCAGAAGAGAGUCAAAGUCUUCAGAGCAAUUCUUCUGAAUGUGACCAAUUAACAAUAUCUGAGCUCAAAAAGCCACAUGGUGGUACUACAGAAUCACAUGAUAAGACUGAUGAUAUUGAGAAAAACCUGACUAGUUCAGAUAUAAAGCCUGUACAAACUAAACCAAGAAAAAGUAGAACAGCUCAGGUUUACAUGCCUCCAGGGAGGAGGAGGGAGCAAGAGAAAGGCCAAUCAUUGAGUGAGAGUUCAGAGAGAGGCUCUGAUGGGGAUCAAUGGGAUGCUGACAAUGCUGAUACACAUAAUAUAGACACUGAAAUGGAUACAUGUUGCAAGAAUGAAGAGGAACUAGUUCAAGAUGUCUCGUCAUUCAAAAUUGAGGACACAAAAUUAAGUGUAUGUAAAACUUCUGAACAUUUGAACCCUGAUAUAUCUCUUCGACCAGAAACAAAUGAUGAUGUACAUAUAUGUCAGAAUAUAGUUAAAUCAGAACAUGAUACGGAAAAUGUUAGUGCUAAAGUUCAUGACAAAUUAGAUACUGAGUCUUCAGAUUUAUUAAGGGAACAAACAUUAGGUGGAAAUCAAUCAAAUACUAACAAUCAGACAAAUAUACAAGAUUCUAUAGAAAAUAAUGAACAUUCCAACAAUCAUGACAAUUCAGGGAACAUUGUAAAUAGUGACAUUUCUGAUGAUAUCACAAUCUCCAAUGAUGGUGCACCAGAACAACAUGAACAAAGUGACAAUUUGAUAUCAAAUGACACUGUAAUAUCUUCAGAAAUUAACAGAACAGAGGAGUGUAUUUCAAUAUCCCAUGAUUCAGGUGCUAGUACACAAUCUGUCCAAUCGGGUGAAGUAACAAGGUCACAUGAUAAAACAGUACUGGAUGCCUGUUCAAAGAAAGAUUCAUCAGACCAGCUGGGAAGUGAAAAGGACGAAAAAAGUUUGCAAUCUGUUUCCGAUGGUCAAAGUAAUCAUUCAAAGUCUGAAGUGCCUGAUUCUUGGGACAAUGAAGAUUCGGAUUCAGGUUCACAUGAAGAAUCAACAUGUUCAGCACCUAAAGCAAAAAAGACAACAAAUGUUGAAAGUAAGACCUCAGAAAAACCUGAAAAAGAUGAAAAAAAGGUUAAGAAUUCUUCCAAAGUCAUCGUCCGUAAUGAUAAACUAGCAGCAUUUGGUUGGGAUUUGUACACAGACGAGACAAAUGAAUCAACUGCAGAAAGAGAAAGGGCAGAAAGUGAAGAAAAGGAUGAUUAUAGGAAGAAGUCAGGAAAAAAGAAAACUGGAAAAGGAAAGAAUAAAUUGAAAAAGAAACUAGACAGUCCUGCGGAGUCAGUGGAAAUAGAUCAACAAGAAAUAGAAUCAGCUGUAGCAGAGAAAAAGCCUGUUCAGUCUGAUGAAGAUGCAUCAUGGGAUACAAUGUUUGAUGAUGAUGGGGAUAGUCUUGAUCCUAACACUUUAGAAGAGUUAAGUGGUAAUGUUGGUAAAGUGAAAGUAAAGAAGCCUGUCAUAAACUACCUCAAUUACCAGCCAAAGGAACCAGAACUAGAUUAUGAAGGUAUGAAUCAUGUGAUAGAAAUAUUUGACUUCUCAUCUGAAAUGAAAACAGAAGAUCUCCUCUCAGCAUUUAGCAUGUUUAAAUCAAAAGGAUUUGAUAUUAAAUGGGUAGAUGAUACACAUGCAUUAGGAGUGUUUUCAAGUGUUAUAGCAGCAAAUGAAGCAUUACAGUUUACACAUCCUUUACUAAAAGUGGGACCAUUAUCUCUAGCCUCUAGAGAAUCUAAAGUAAAAGCUAAGAAAGCUGUUGAGUUUUUACAACCGUACAAGGAGAGACCAGAGACAACAGCUGUCGUAGCUAGGAGAAUGUUAACUGGAGCACUAGGUUUAAAGACUAAAGUCUCUAAAGAACAGAGAGAAAAGGAGACAGAGGAGAAAAGAAAAUUAAAGCAAGCUAAAGAUAAGAAGAAGCAAGAACGUAAACAGAAAGAUGAUAUAUGGGAAGGAAAUGUUACCUCAGAAUAAAACACUUGAUCUUCUUGACCUUUAAUAAAUUUAUAUUUUUUUAUCUGUUUAAUGAACCAAAUUGUGUCAAUCAAUUUAGAUUUUAGAAGUCAGAAUGUGUGUAAUUUCUUCUGUCAGUUAUGGACUUGGAAGCAAUAAAUGAAGAAAGAAAAAUGGAAUACAGAGAUUUUACAUGUGUUUGAAAGAAACAGGCUUAAAAGACCAAGGAAUUGUAAAUAUUUAAUACUGUGUUGUUGAUAGUAUUUGUAAAUGUGUUUUUCUUCUUCAAAGAACAAGAAAACAAAUAAAUAAUGUUUCUUUGUAUGGUUAGUUUUUUGAUUGAAUUUCUGGACAUGGUAUGUAACUCAAUUGUGUACAUUGACUUUUAUAGCUAUUGAAGUUGAAUUUUGAUAAGUUUAUGGGACAUGUUAUUUAAUUCAUGAAAGGAUACAAGCUACCCAUAGAGAAAAAAUAUGUAGUAUUCAUAGAAAUUUACUGUUAUAUUACUUUUAAAGCAUUUUAAAUUAUUUUACUGUGAUCAAAUUGUAAAAUAUUUUUUCCAUGCUUAUUCAUGUAUAGAUAUUUGAUAUUUGUUUAGCUAGUAUGAGAGUCAGUAUGAAGUUUAUUUUUAGCUCACCUGGCCCGAAGGGCCAAGUGAGCUUUUCUCAUCACUUGGCGUCCGGCGUCUGGCGUCGUCCGCCGUCGUCGUCCGUCGUCGUUAACUUUUACAAAAAUCUUCUCCUCUGAAACUACUGGGCCAAAUUAAACCAAACUUGGCCAAAAUCAUCAUUGGGGUAUCUCGUUUAAAAAAAUGUGUGGUGUGACCCGCCAAACCAACCAAGAUGGCCGCCAUGGCUAAAAAUAGAACAUAGGGGUAAAAUGCAGUUUCUGUCUUAUAACUCAAAAACCAAAGCCUUUAGAGCAAAUCUGAUAGGGGUAUAUAUUGUUUAUCAGGUCAUGAUCUAUCUGCCCUGAAAUUUUCAGAUGAAGUGGACAACCUGUUGUAGGGUUGCUGCCCCUGAAUUGGUAAUUUUAGGAAAAUUUUGCUGUUUUUGGUUAUUAUCUUGAAUAUUAUUAUAGAUAGAGAUAAACUGUAAACAGCAAUAAUGUUCAGCAAAGUAAGAUUUACAAAUAAGUCAGCAUGACCAAAAUGGUCAGUGUACCCCUUUAGGAGUUAUUGCCCUAUAAAGUCAAUUUUUAACCAUUUUUCGUAAAUUUUAUAUAUCUUUUACAAAAAUCUUCUCCUCUAAUACUACUGGGCCAAAUAAAACCAAUCUUGGCCAAAAUCAUCAUUGGGGUAUCUCGUUUAAAAAAUGUGUGGUGUGACCCGCCAAACCAACCAAGAUGGCGGCCAUGGCUAAAAAUAGAACAUAGGGGUAAAAUGCAGUUUUUGGCUUAUAACUCAAAAACCAAAGCAUUUAGAGCAAAUCUGAUAGGUAUAUAUAUUAUUUAUCAGGUCAAGAUCUAUCGGCUCUAAAAUUUUCAGAUGAAGUGGACAACUGUGUUAGGUUGCUGCCCCUGAAUGGGUAAUUUUAAGGAAAUUUUGCGGUUUUUUGUUAUUAUCUUGAAUAUUAUUAUGGAUAGAGAUAAACUGUAAACAGCAAUAAUUUACCGCAAAGUAAGACUUAAAAAUAAGUCAACAUGACCAAAAUUAUCGAUUGACCCCCUAAGGAGUUAUUGCUCUUUAUAGUAAAUUUUCAAAAAUUUUCAUAAAAUUUAUAAAUUUUUACUAACAUUUUCCACUGAAACCAAUCAUUAUAGAUAGGGAUAAUUGUACACAGCGAAAAUGUUCAGUAAAGUAAGAUCUACAAAGACAUCACCAUCACCAAAAACACAAUUUUGUCAUGAAUCCAUCUGUGUCCUUUGUUGAAUAUUCACAUAGACCAAGGUAAGCGACACAGGCUCUUUUGAGCCUCUAGUUUUAUUUCAAUUUCAUAACUAUUUAUAAAUGUGUUUAGUUGUUUUAAACAACAUAAAAUAAUUUGGUUCAUACAUUGAUAUUCUAAUUAUUUUUGAAGAUAGAAAAGCUUUGACAUAUGCAUUUGUAUCUUACUGUUCAUAGUGUGCAUUCAAAUAACUUGAAAUUUAAUCUAAUUGAUUUUAGUGAAAUUCACAUAGCUCUAUAAAUUCAAAAUGCUAUUCUACCCAAGGCUUAUGUUUAGUAGAAAUAGAGGUUAAAUUGAACAAAUAUGUUUUUGUUUCAGUCUAUUAAUCUUUGUUUUUACUUGAUUUUUUUCUGAUUGUUUUUUGAACUUUCAAUAAAUAGCACAUUACUGAGAAUGCUCUGAGCAUUGAAAAAUCAAACUUAAAUAGAGAUAAUUCGCUUAUAUUAACCUUAACUACUACUUCUAAAUGAUUGAUAAGACCACAUUUACAUAACUCAUUUUAGCAUUGAAUGAGUUGUUUUACUGUGGAUUCAUUUAUUUUCGUGGGUAUCAGUUUUCGUGGAUUGAGGAAAACUUACAUGUUCGUGGAUAUUUGAUUUCGUGGUUUUGCCGAAGUCUGCAUACAAGUCUAUUGAAAAUUUGUCAUUCGUUGAAUAUUUAAUUUUGUGGUUCAACUGUUCCCACGAAAUCCACGAAAAUUGGUAUCCAACGAAUAAUAAUGAAUCCACAGUAUAUGUUAAUUUGGAAGUUUUAAUAUAUUGUAAAUAUUAUAAAUAACUAAAUUAUACAAUGUUUUAUUGAGUUAGGAUUCUUAUAUCAAAAUGCAAAAAUUUGUAGACUUCGUAUCUUGAAAUAGUAGCAGUAGAUCAUCAGUUACAUGUUUCUCACUUCAUAUAUGGAACUACAUCAGUUGAUUUUCUAACAUGAGCAGUGAUUUAAAUGUUAGCCAUUUCAUGACAUCAUGACUAUCAUGUUAUAUAUAUUUAAACCUCUGGUUGUUUUGAAAACUGGCAAUUUUGUGAAAUAAAUUUGUAUUUUUUAAAACUGUGCUUAUAUUCAUAUUGCAUUUUCUUGCAAAGAUUUCAUUUCCUUUUGAAUUAAAAUAGAACAAUGAAAUAUAGAAACUUUAAGACUUUAAAAAAAUUACAUAAUUUGGCAAAUUUUAAAUCAUGUAUUUUUUUCAUUGUUGAUCAAACAUGAUGGUUUCAGUUGCAUAUUUCAACACAACAAAAAAGUGAAAGAACAAAAUUUGAAUGAAGUCUUAAAUCAAUUGUAUAAUUUAAAACCAUUUUAAUUAUUAAAUUAUUGUGGUCAGCAAAAUACCACAAAGAACCAAGUACUAUGUACACAUAAUUUGGU